AUGGACUCGCCUGCGAUCCGCAUGGUUAGCCGCGUGCACCUGCAAAUAGCGGUUCGCAAAGCCCCUGCGGCUCGCUGUUCAAAUUCGCUCGUGAUUUGGGAGGAUCCACGUCUGGAGCGUCUGGCUUUCCGCUUCCCUUCGAUCGCAGCGCUUCUCGACGAGUGCUCCCUCGCUGCGUACGCAACCGCGCUCGAGGACGAGGGCUACAGCGUCCGCGGCCUGGGCGAACUCGCCUUUGCCAGCCCCAACGAGCUGAGGCACGCCUUGGUGGACGGGGUUGGCCUAGCGCCUCGGGAGUGGGAGCAGCUCCUUCGCACGCUUCUCGACGCGGGCGAAAGCCGGCAGCGUGCUGAGGCCGCGGCGCAGGGAGGAGCGAGCGGCGGCGGUCCGGCUCUCUCCGCGCAGCAGACACCGCUCUGCAGCGCUCGCCUCCGACUGGUGUUGAGGGAGGCGGAGCCGUUCGAGGUGGCAGGGAGGGAGGCCUUGGAGGAGGAGUGUGCGGAGGAGGAGGGCGGGCUGGGAGGGGCUGGGGAAGGUGGCGGCUCGGCGCCCGCGCCGGUGCUCGCGCGCCACUCCCGCAUGCUCGCCGCGCUGACGGGCGGCUCGCAGCGCUGGCGCGAGGCGGCCGGCGCGGCCGAGGGGCGGUGGGAGUGCUCGCUGGCGGCGCACGAGCCGGCGGGAAAACAAGAGCGCAGCUGCGGGGCGGUGGGUUGGAUGCGCGCGAGCCACGGGGCGGCGAAGCGGGCUGCGGCGGCGCAGCUGCUGUCUCCGGAGAGGGUGGUGCCUGUGGCGAGGCUGUGCCACUACCUCGAGUGCCCUCCGCUGCUGGAGGCGGCGGUGCGCACCCUGGCCUCCGCCGUCGACGCCGCGAACGCGCCCUCCGUCCUGCUACUCGCCCACGAGCUGGGCGAGCCUGCGCUGGAGCGCGCAGCGGUGGGUGGCAUCCUGGCGGACCUCGACGAGGUGGAGAAGGCGGAGUAUUGGCUCGAGCUGCCGCCGCUCACGCGCGCCACCGCGGCGCACGCGUCGCGACGCAGCAGCACCCCUCCCACGCCCAUGCCGUGGUCCGGCAGGCGCGCCACGCUGCGCACGCUGCGCGACGCGACAGCGCGCAACCCACUCCUCUCCGCGGGGCCGCACGCGGCUCGCGGAUCGAGCGCGUCUUCGCCGCGCGAGCUGCUUGCGAUGGUGCGGGAGGCGCUGGCCGAGAUGCGGGAGCGGCUCGCCGACGCGCAGCUGCGGCAGGAGCAGGAGAGCGACUCGGGCGACGCGCGGCAGCGGAAGACGGCGGCUUUCGUCGUCGCGCUCGAGGCGUACCUGCGCCAGGAAGAGAGCGCUUUCGCCGCGCUCGCCGCCCCCGCGACGCCGGCGCUGACGCAGGCAUGGAGAGCGGGCGUCGCGCCUCCGCCGCCUGCGGUGCCGCCCGCCUCGCCGCGCGGCGCCUUCGUGCCGACGUACGAGUGGCAGACGCUCCCCGAGGCGGAGGCGUGCUUGCCGGCCGGGCUCGAGGUCGAGCUGCCGCUGGACGGACGGCCGCGCCGCGCGCGCAUCCCGCCCCGCUGGACGGUGCGCGUGUGGCUGAGCGACGAGCUGGGCUUCUGGCGCGAGGCGGCGGCGCGGGACACGCCGUGCGGCAGCUUGCGUCUCUCGGCGGCCGCGUACGCGGGCGUGGCGCCGUCACAUGUGCGGCUCUGCUACGUCAACGAGGAGAUGGAGGAGAUGGAGGUCGACGACAGAUGGACGGUGGAGGAGGCGCAGCUGUUUCGCCGCGUCUCGCAGCUCCGCGUCGCGAUUGGGGCGGGAGCAGAGGAGCAGGAGGGGGCGCCGAGCAGCGCGCUGGCCGUCCAUCCGAAGAGCUCGCCCGUGUCAUUGGGGUGGCGCAAGUAUCUGAACGGCCCGGAGGGAAGAGGUAAGCUGCGGUCCGCGAGCGAGGGCGUUGCCAGAGAGGCCAUGGUGCGGCUGAAAGGAUACCUGUAUCUGCACCUCGAGCGCGAGCGCGGCCGCUUCAAGAGGGUCGUGCUGCGCGUGCGGGUGUGGGACUGGUUCCGGCUCGGGGCGACCGACGUCAUCGAGGCGCCGCAUGAGGAUAUGAUCAAGAGCUACACCUCCUUUACGGAGGCCGCAGCGGCGGUCCACAAAGCGCUCUACAGGAACGCCGACACCGCCCCAGAGAACGUUUGCUGGAACGAUUACGUGGCGUACAUUCGGUCCAGCCUCCCCCAGUCCAGCGACUCCAACCGCGCCCACAACCCGGCGGGAGACGGCCCCUUCAACAGGUCGCGCCGGCGCGGCACGCUCCCAUGCCGCUUCUACAUUGUGGGCAUCACCUCCUACACCCACGCCUCGCCGGAGCUGGCCUCCGUAAAGAUUGAUUCGCUGCGGUUCAGCGACGGCUCGGGCGAGUGGGUCCGGGCCGGUCACCUCCGGCCCUUUGUGCCGGACGGGGUGGAGCUCGCCGAAAUCGACCCGCUCGUCCGGCGGCAGAUUCGGUUUGAUCAGCACCAUAUGCGGCGCAGCAACUCGCUGAACGCGGUGCGCAAACGGUCGCGGCACGAUCGCGAGCAGCAGGAGGAGGAGGAGGGCCAAGGGCGCCGGACGGGCACGACGAGCGGCGGCGCCCCGCAGCCGAGGAAGAAGGUCAAGUCGCUCGACGCGGGAGACCUCGUCUUUGUGGAUUGGCUGCGCGUCCCCAACCCGGAGCAGGUCCACUCCCCUCCCUUCUUGCCGGCUGACCUCCCCGCCUUCAUCGUCAGCUCCGAGAUUGUGCGGAUGGAUAUGCCAACUGCCGCGCGCGGCGAGAACAGCCCCCUCGACGUGCGUUUGGCGCCGUGGAGCCGCGAUGGCUUGACUGUGGACCCGGCGACCCACUUCGUGGUGCCGCGCAACCACCUGAUCAACUUCAACGCCGGCUUCCGCGACGCGUGGGCACACAGCGCCCGCGCAGAAGAGCGUGCAGGUGCCGUGCACGCGAGCCUGUUGGACGCGAUCGAGUAUAUCGUCGAGUUUCGCAGGCGGCGAAGGCCAGGCUACCCGGGGGUGGACCAUACGUGGAGGAAUCUGAUGGGGGCGGAGCCAUUGCCGGCGCGGUUUUGCGCGGGCGGGGAGAGGAGUGGGUAA